CUCACCAAGUCUCAUCGGCAAGGUCACAUGGUGAAAGUGGACUGGCUGGACAGGCUAACCUUCAGAGAAAUAGAAAUGAUCAAUGAGAGGGAAAAACGAAGUUCUAAUUUUAUGUACCUGAUGAUUGAAUUCCGUUGCGUCAAGUGCGAUGAUAAAGAAUAUGGAAUAGUUUACUACGAAAAGGAUGGUGAUGAGUCAUCUCCAAUUCUGACAAGUUCUGAAAUUGUUAAGAUUCCAGAUCCCCAGAUGUCUAUGACAGUGCCUAAGUAUUCUAGAAAAGAUUUCCAUUAUUGUGGAUGCCAAUUCAGUGGGACUGGUAUUGGCAGCUUUGGGAACCUUAAUGAGAACUUAGUAGAAAGCAAACAUCAUAAGCUUGCUCGAAGUUUAAGAAGUGGACCUUCUGAUCAUGAUCUGAAGCCUAAUGCAGCUACCCGAGAUCAGCUUAAUAUCAUAGUGAGUUAUCCACCGACAAAGCAGCUGACAUAUGAAGAACAGGAUCUCGUUUGGAAAUUCAGAUAUUACCUUACUAAUCAGGAGAAGGCCUUGACAAAAUUCUUAAAAUGUGUCAACUGGGACCUACCACAAGAGGCAAAGCAAGCACUGGAGCUGCUGGGCAGGUGGAAGCCCAUGGAUGUGGAAGACUCUCUAGAACUCCUGUCAUCUCACUUCACCAACCCAACGGUUCGGCGCUAUGCUGUUGCCAGGCUUCAGCAAGCUGAUGAUGAGGAUUUGCUGAUGUACCUGCUACAGUUAGUCCAGGCAUUGAAAUAUGAAAACUUUGAUGACAUAAAGAAUGGUCUGGAACCUAGCAAGAGAGACAGUCAAGGUUCAAUGUCAGAAAGUAUGACAACAUCUGGAACUAAUGGUGCAGAAAUAGACAGUUCUCAGAUCAUGAGUCCUAUUCCACCUGUUUCCUCACCACCUCUUACUUGUAAAACAAAGGAGCUUGCAGACAGUGAAAACCUUGAUCAAGACCUUUGCACUUUCUUGAUAUCACGAGCAUGCAAAAAUUCCACAUUGGCAAACUACUUGUACUGGUAUGUGAUAGUGGAAUGUGAAGACCAAGACACUCAGCAGAGGGACCCAAAGACUCACGAAAUGUACUUAAAUGUGAUGAGAAGAUUUAGUCAGGCUUUGCUGAAGGGUGAUAAGUCUGUCAGAGUUAUGCGUUCGCUGUUGGCAGCCCAGCAGACAUUUGUAGAUCGGCUGGUUCAUGUAAUGAAAGCAGUGCAGCGUGAAAGUGGGAAUCGUAAGAAGAAGAAUGAGAGGCUUCAGGCAUUGUUAGCAGAUAAUGAAAAGAUGAAUUUAGCAGAUAUGGAACUUAUUCCACUUCCGCUGGAACCUCAGGUGAAAAUUAAAGGGAUAAUCCCUGAAAAAGCCACGCUUUUCAAGAGUGCCUUAAUGCCUGCUCAGUUAUUCUUCAAGACAGAAGAUGGAGGCAAAUACCCUGUAAUUUUUAAGCAUGGUGAUGAUUUACGUCAAGAUCAGCUUAUUCUCCAGAUUAUUUCACUCAUGGAUAAGCUGUUAAGAAAAGAGAAUCUGGAUUUGAAGCUGACACCAUAUAAAGUGCUGGCAACUAGUACCAAACAUGGCUUCAUGCAGUUUAUUCAGUCAGUACCAGUUGCAGAAGUUCUUGCUACUGAGGAAAGUAUACAGAAUUUCUUCAGAAAACACGCACCUAGUGAGACUGGCCCUCAUGGAAUAAGUGCAGAGGUGAUGGACACAUACGUUAAGAGCUGUGCUGGUUAUUGUGUAAUUACUUACAUCCUUGGAGUUGGAGAUAGACAUCUGGAUAAUCUUCUGCUAACAAAAACAGGUAAACUAUUUCACAUUGACUUCGGUUAUAUUUUGGGUCGGGACCCGAAGCCACUGCCUCCCCCGAUGAAGCUGAAUAAGGAGAUGGUGGAAGGUAUGGGAGGCACGCAGAGCGAGCAGUACCAGGAGUUUCGUAAGCAGUGCUACACAGCCUUUCUCCAUCUCCGCAGGUAUUCCAACUUGAUCUUGAACUUAUUUUCCCUCAUGGUGGAUGCCAACAUUCCAGAUAUUGCUCUCGAACCUGACAAGACUGUAAAAAAG